AUGCCUGAAGCGAGCGAGAAAUCAUGCGUUGCGUUUUCUCCGAAUCCAGAUGACUUCGUGUUGACCAUCACGACAUGCGACUUCAAUGGCUCGUCCGUCACCGGCUCGGUGGACACCAUCAACUUCUACACGUGCUCUGGUGGGCCGUAUUGCGCUAUGGCGGACAGCCCAGAGACGGAAGCGGUGUUUGGGGAUGGCGAAAUUAGAGACCUGGUCUUCCUCGAUGACGUGGAACCCACGACUCUGGUUAUUUCGAAACCGGUUGGGGACGACGGCUGGUGCGUGAACGGGAUCCAAUGGCAGGGAGUCGACAUGUUGGCGCCCACUACAGUACUUAUCUUCGACAUUUCGGACGGAAACACGGGCAAUUGCGUUGGGGGCCUCCUGGACUACACUGACGAGGACAAUGAAUACCUCGAGGAAAACCUUGUCUACCCGUGCCUGGAAGAGUGGCGAAUCUUCAAUCUUCAAGGGGACGCUGACUACGAGUAUGAGCUGAAGGUGCAGGGUUGCGAUGGUGUGGAUACCACACCGGUUACAGUCUCCUUCUGCCCGGACACGUCAUGCAGCACGGCAGAUGUAGUGACGCAGACGUUGACGGCUUUCGGCAGUGGGAUGACAACCUUUCCGGUGCAGCUGGACUUCAACCCCGCAGCGAUGCAGUUAUUGGCUUCUGGCAGUGACGUGUGGUGCGCCGACGCCCUAUUGUUCAAUCAAUUCGACUUGGCAGAAAACUACCCUUACUCUCUGGAGCCAGAGGAGUCAAGCACGGUAACAAAUCUCCAGCUCCAAGUCCAGCUCCAACUCCAACUCCAGCGCCUGCAACGCCUUCAGGGUCGAACUCCACAGAAACUUUGGGUGAUAAUGGCGACGACAACGACCCAGAUUCAGAAGCUCAGCUGUGGGCCAUCGUUGGAGGUACGGUGGCGGGUGUACUGGCGAUUGUCGCCGUCAUCGCAGCUGUCCUGUUCAAAACUGGCCGCUUGAAGACCGGCGCUGGGAGACGUUCGACUUCUGCCGACAACGCCGUAUGGACUCUUCCUGGUGCCUCUAGGCCCACAGACAACGGGCGUCCCGCGGCUGCUGCUGUGGCCCCUGUUACUCAUGUUCAAUAUCCCGUUGCCUAUCAAUAUCCCGAAGCCCCAUGAAUCCGUGUCAUUCUUUUUUUCAGCGAUGUGAGAGAUGUACCUUCCUCAUGAUACGUUGACAACGCAUACCAUGGCCUGUUGCCGUGGGCUUCGUCGGUUGAGCGUCACUAGAAUGAAGGCAGUGAAAAAAAAUUGAAUGCACCAAGGGUGUGCGAAAAAACAAUUCUUGCACACCUAGGUACUCGCUUCUUCGGGAGGAUUCGGGGCACGGGGGAGGGUACGCCAUAUUAUGUCCUAGAUAAAACCACGCCAUACUAAUUCCUACAUCUAUGGAGGGGCACUGUGUCUGUAUAGGGAGGGGUAUUGUGCAUCUGGGUGCCCCUAGCCGUGUGCUCGUCCGUGCUUUCCGUGCCUGUACGCUGUUUGGCGUACGACAUCACCUAGGCGACUAGAGGGAGAGCAUGAUCAGCGCACCCUCAGGGGGUGUCAUUGCCCUAGCCCAGGCUGCUGCGGCGCAAGACUACAGCCAAGAGUGUUCUCGGCGCGCAGUAGAAGAAGUAAACUCGGGGUCAAGCGAAGAAAGGGAGGAGGCUGUGUGAGGAAGAUGAGGGAGGAAGGGGGGUAGGCGUCGGGGUAAGGGGGAGAAGACGAGGAGGACGGGGAGAGGAGGAGAGGAAGAAGGAGAAGGAAGAAGAGGAGCCGGACGUACACUCGACGGGGCCUAAACUCACCCCGAAACGGCGUUCGUGGUUGGUUGGAGUAGUUUGUUGUGCUUUCGAGAAUGUGGGAAAGUGGUAGUCGAAGCGGAACACCCCUAGCUAGCUAUACUUGUGCGAGUUCCUACAUGACAAUAGACUACAUACGUACCGGGGUUUUC